GAGCAAAGAUCUGAGGGCAGGGAGGGAGGGAGCCUCAGAGCAGACGGAGCCAAUUCCAACGUGUUCUCUAUGUUUGAACAGACCCAGAUCCAGGAAUUUAAGGAGGCCUUCACCAUCAUGGACCAGAACAGGGAUGGCUUCAUCGACAAGAAUGAUUUGAGGGACACCUUUGCGGCUCUUGGGCGUGUAAACGUGAAAAAUGAGGAAAUUGAUGAAAUGCUCAAGGAAGCUCCAGGUCCAAUUAACUUUACUGUGUUCCUAACAAUGUUUGGGGAGAAGCUUAAGGGGGCAGACCCUGAGGAGACCAUUCUCAACGCAUUCAAAGUGUUUGACCCUGAAGGCAAAGGGGUGCUCAGGGCCGAUUACGUUCGUGAGAUGCUGACCACGCAGGCAGAGAGAUUUUCCAAGGAGGAGAUCGAGCAGAUGUUCGCAGCCUUCCCCCCUGAUGUGACUGGCAAUUUGGACUAUAAGAACCUGGUGCACAUCAUCACCCACGGAGAAGAGAAGGACUGA